AUGCUACGGGCUGUCCAGUGUCCAGAUUUUUUGCCAAAAGUAUGUAAUACUGGUGACUGUUGUGCAAAUGACUAUUGUGAAAACGACGCUAUUUGCAUUCCAAACACUGACCCUGCUAUUCCACGGAAAUGCCUUUGCGGACCUGAAUCAACUGGUUUCCGUUGUCAGGUUACACUGACAACCACUGUCCCUACGACAGUAACCACCACCACAGAAUCGGAAGUGUGCAAAUAUUUUUUAAAUCACUGUCAAAAUGGAGGAACUUGUGAGUUUGAUACAACAGUGAAAUGUAAAUAUCCACCAGAAUACACAGGCGACAAAUGUCAAGAAUCGUCGGGACCGGUGCCAUCAGGAGGGCCGAUUUCUGCCACACCAGGAUCAACUAACCCAGCAAGUGUAUCAGGACCAACUAAUCCAUCAACUGCACCAGGACAAACGAAUUUACCUACAGCUGGCAUAACAUGUAGUAACAGUCCAUGUCGAAAUAAUCGUCCAUGUUACAAUAAUGGAAAUUCAUAUUUUUGCUUUUGUGGUUCACAAUAUCGUGGUAUCAACUGUGAAGAGGUCAUCAAUGGAUAA